AUGGGUGUGUUCCUCCAUACGCCCUACGAGGAGUUCAUUGUGAACAUAUGGCGCUUCAUGGCCAUCCGAUUCGGCUUAGCCUUAGGGCCGUCGUUCAUUAGUGAUUCCUCGAGGCGUCUGGUGCACGGGGCGCACGUGUUGACGGCCGACGAAAUGCGCACGUCGUUCUACCGGAAGGUUGUCCUCUCGCCGGCCUCCCCGCGCCGCCCCGGCAGCUAUGGUACGGCCAUGCUAAUCCUGGGCCCGGAUUUCGGCGCCCCGGCCUUCGCCACAGCGGAGGACGCUGUGUGGAUGCUGGCGCCGUCGCACGACGGCGUGGAGGACGCUAUCCACCACAACGGCCGGUUCCUAUCCGUCUCCUACUCCGGCGUCGUGGAGGCGUGGCAACGUGACACUGAGUCAGGCGGUUACACAAGCACGGCUGUCACGCCAAGGCUGACCAUUGAGGAAGGUGGCUCGUCGUGCCAUCGCAAGUACCUGGCGACUGCUCCAGGUGGGCGGCUGAUGGUGGUGCUCAAGUACGCCCAGGUGACCAGGGGCAAGGAUCUGUACGGCCGGCAUAGGUGGACGUGCUCCUUCAAGGUGCAUGUCCUCGGCGCCGGGCAGUGGAAGAAGACGAGGGACAUUGGUGACGUCGCGCUGUUCGUCGGGGUGAACAACUCGUUGUGCGUGCCGACAAGUGGGCGCCCCGAUAUCAAGGCCGGCUGCAUCUACUUCACUGACGACGAACCGAGGGUCGCCGCGCUUGGUGAGCCCAAGGACUUAUGGGCUGAUGAGUCCGACGCUCGGGCCGUCAGGGUGUACUGCCUCAAGGAUGACACGGUAAAGAAGAUGGAGGCGCUCGAGCACCACUACCGGUCAAAACCGAGGCUUGCCGCGCUUAGCGAGCCCAAGGACUUAUGGGCCGACGAGUCCGACGCUCGGGCCGUCGGGAUGUACUACAUCAAGGAUGGCACCGUAAAGAAGAUGGAGGCGCUCGGGCACCACUACCGUAGGUUGUCGGCGCGGCCGGUUGCUAUGUCAUUUUUGGGAGGGCUGGGGUGCAAGGAGAACUCGGGGAUUGGGGACUGGGACUGGGAUGGGGAUGGGGAGGAUGCGGAUGAGGAUGAGGAUGGGGAUGGGGAGGAUGGGGAUGGGGAGGAUGAGGAUGAAGAUGGGGAUGGGGAUGGGGAGGAUGAGGAUGAGGAUGAGGAUGGGGAUGAGGAUGGAUCAAUUUCUGGAGGUUAUGAUAGUGGUGAUGAUUCAGAAUGCAGCAAGGAGGAUGGAGAUGAGGAGCAUGGGGAUACUGACCAAGAUCUGAUUAAGCUUCGUAUUUGGCCAGCGCAGAAGCACCUGUUGCUUAAAUUUUUUAGUGGCAAGCAAUGGAAAUUAACAAAAGCCUACCGCCUAAUCUGGUUGAAACGUGAUGAAUUGGAAGAGCUAUGCAAGUUUUCUCUUAAAAUGGAUGGUCCUAUUCCUGCUCCCUUUACCACAGUUCCUUCUGGAACUGUUGAUGAUCUUCUAGCUUGUUUGAAACCGUCAAUCAACAGUUUCCAUGUUUGUAAAAAACUUGGCAAAGCUAGCGACUGCAAAAAAUUUAAGUGCCUUAUUUCGGGUAGUAAAUGUGCUGUUAAAUGCAUCCCUCUGCGUGCAUCUUGCUUCGAAGAGCCAAGGGAAGUUAACAUCAUUUCAAGUUUGAGGAAUGGGCGCAUUAUGAUGCUUUUUCAGCCAGAUAACAUAUUCCUGGGCUCUGAUUAUGAAGUCCGAAUUGGAGACUUUGGAGAUGCCUGUUGUGGCCAAGACGAGCUUGGAAAAUAUGGCGGUACGCCUAAUUGUGGCACAAAAAGUUAUUUGGCGCCAGAGCUUGACAGUGAUGAGAAGAUAACUGAGAAGGUUGACAUUUACUCAGUCGGUGUAAUGUUUUUUGAGCUGCUGACACGAUUUGGGUCUUUAUUGGAGAGAGCGUUGGCAUUUGAGGAACUGAGAGAUAAAGGGCCUCCAGAUGGCUGGAAGGGUGAUUAUGAGGGCGACCGCGAACUUUAUGAUAGAAUGACCUCUUUGAAACCUGCUGACCGGCCUUCGGUGGAUGAGAUCCUGCUUACUCGAGUGCUUGAGAUAUUCAUUCGGUUUAAGGCACCUGGCACCAAUAUUGCUUCCACCCGCCUCCCCUCUCUCUUACCGCUGCUCCGGUUAGUGCCCUCACUGGAGCGCGAGGAGGUCGCGGCAGACCUGCUCUACGCUGUCGGGACUGUGGGGAUGGAGUUGUUGCUGGUGUUCAUCCACAUCUACGUCACCACCAUCAAGUGGUUCCUCCGGACGCUCUGGGCCACCAGCAUGCUCGGAUCCGUGCUUGUCGGCCCGGGGGCGACCUUUGCGGCGCUGACAGGCGUCUCGAGUAUUUAA